CUCAGUUAUUGCUGGAUCCGAGCUGCGCUGCGCCUGGCAUACAGUACGCGCUCCUCUGCUCACAGCACGCACUUCAUCUAACUAUAUAAAACUGCCGUGUGAACUUUAAUGUAACUCUUGACUGCUUAUACACUUGGCCACAACAAGAGAGAUAAUUGCGUUUCAUAAAUAGCGUCGUGAACAGUUCGAUAACACUAAACGCUCUGGCUUAAACGAGUAUGGACAGUUUCACACUGCUCGAGGAAAAGAUGCUCAGCAUCAAGAAGUUGUGGAUAUAAACGAAAAGAAGCUCAUUCAUAAUAUCCUAUGGCUUGAAGUUUCAGGCUUCUUCCCUGGCCACAGCUCAUGGAUUUCCUCACGGAGUAUCCCUACAAUGACACUUAUUAUGACAAUGGGACCGGGGCCCUCAACUGCACAGGCUGUGAGGCCAAGCAUCAGUAUAACUACUAUGCCAUGCUCCUGACUCUCCUCAUCUUUGUCAUUGUCUUCGGCAAUGUGUUGGUGUGUAUGGCAGUCUCCCGAGAGAAAGCGCUGCAGACCACCACUAAUUACCUCAUUGUCAGCUUGGCGGUGGCAGAUCUUCUCGUGGCCACAUUAGUUAUGCCCUGGGUGGUGUAUCUUGAGGUGGUCGGGGAGUGGCGCUUUAGUAAAAUCCAUUGUGAUAUAUUUGUUACCCUGGACGUCAUGAUGUGCACGGCCAGCAUUCUUAAUCUGUGUGCCAUUAGUAUUGACAGGUACACGGCUGUUGCCAUGCCGAUGCUGUACAACACACGCUACAGCUCCAAGAGACGGGUCACUGUAAUGAUCUCCGUUGUUUGGGUGCUUUCAUUCGCCAUUUCCUGCCCCCUGCUGUUUGGAUUAAAUAACACAGCUACACGGGAUGGCUCUGUGUGUGAAAUUGCCAACCCCGCUUUUGUUGUCUACUCCUCCAUCAUGUCGUUCUACGUGCCCUUCAUUAUCACCCUCCUCGUCUACGUGCAGAUUUACGUGGUUCUACGCAAGCGGCGGAAACGGGUCAACACUAAACGGAGCUGCCAGAAGACAGACGCUGAUGCUCAGCCCCCUCUCAAGGAAAAGUGCACUCAUCCUGAAGAUGUGAAACUGUGCACCGUUAUCAUUAAGACCAACGGGGGUGUACCUGCCAAAAAUAAGAAAGCACAACUAAUAAAAGAGGUCCUGCACCAGGGUGGUGAUGUGGGGAUGGAAAUGGUGGCAGGCACCAGUCCGCCCGAAAAGAAAAAACUGGCAUCCUCGCUAGUCGUCGACUUGUUGGCCACACCUCCAAGUCCCAAUCAUGGCUCACCAUCCCACGCCGAAUAUCAGUCCAACGGAGAUGAGAAAAAUGGCCAUGCCAAGGACGUCCAGUCCCCAAAAGAAACCAAACCUGUUGAAACUCAGGCACUGCCUAAUGGCAAAACCCGAACUACAGUGACCAAAACCAUGAGCAAGAGGAAAAUGUCCCAGCAUAAAGAAAAGAAGGCCACUCAGAUGCUGGCUAUCGUUUUAGGUGUUUUCAUUAUUUGCUGGCUGCCCUUUUUUAUUACUCACAUUUUAAAAACUCACUGCACGAGCUGCGUGGUGCCGCUGGAAAUGUACAAUGCCUUCACUUGGCUGGGAUAUGUGAACAGCGCCGUCAACCCCAUCAUAUAUACCACUUUCAAUGUGGAGUUCAGAAAGGCUUUCAUAAAGAUAUUGCACUGCUGAGGAUAUUAUUCACCACACACAUAGAAGAGAAGAGAUGGGAGAUUUCACCAGAGGUUAGUGCCAUCUUUCACCACCAUGUGAAAUGGGGGAUUUAUAAAGCGGUGCUUUUAGGAGAGAGCGGAUGAAUACAUUACAGAAAAUGGAGGUUCAAAUGAAUGUAAAAGUGGAGUUUUAUUUAUGUGUCUCCAUCAUUUCUGACAGUGGAAUGCAUGUGUGCGGAUGCAUCUGUUUUUUUUUUUUUUUAGUUCGAAUGUGUAAAGAAGUGUAUCUUCUUGACAUGAGCUAGCGAAUGAGACUUUUAUGCAAGCAGGGAUCUGAAUGUUGUAAUUACAUCAUUGUAUCAAUUUAGUGGUGAGAAACUGAUUACGCAAUGCUUUGUUUAUUCAAGUAUUUAUUUAGCCAUCAAACUAUUUAUUUAAUUGAAAACUUGUUAAUAAAGGGAUAGAUAUUGUAAAAAAAAUAAUAAAUGAGGUAAAAAAAUAAAUAAAUAUGGUGAAAAAAACAUAACACAGAUAUUGUAAAGGUGCACUCAGUAAUCUUUUAUUUACGUUUGAUUGUUCGUCUUGGACAGUUACUGACACGUAGGGGCCAGGACUGCAAUUUAAACAAAAAAAUAAAUCAGUUCGCAAUGUGUGUUCAAUUAUAAAUUAACUGUUUGCAACCAGACGUGAUUAGUCAGAGUGUACACCAAUUUGCAAUAAUUACUUUAUAUGUGAAUAAAUAAAUGAAUUAACUGGAAGAUCUGGAUUCUUCCAAAUUUCAGAUUAAAAUAUAAAAAACAACAAUGACAGUUGGUCAAAAUGCGAAUUAUUCAUCCAAUUAAUGCUUUCGUAAUAUUCUGAAGCUAAAGCAUUAGCAUUGAAAAUGAGCAAUAUCACAUGAGUAGAAGUGCGAUAUGGCUGUAUAUAAGGCGUGCCUUAGUUCCCCACCAGUGACAAUAUACAGCCAUAUCACACUGCUACUCGUGUGAUAUUGCAUUUAUACAACAGUUUGAUGACAAAAUAAUGUAAAAAAAAAGAAAAUCAAACAUGGAGAAUCUAAAAACCGGCAGCUGACGUCAGAGCAGCAGAAGCCUGUACUAAAUCACCAAAGUCACUUUAGAGCUAGUGUUUGAGUGAUUCUCUAGCGUGAUAUCUAAAGUGAUGAUAAAACAGGUUCUUUUUGCUGACAUUUUAAGAUUAUAAGGCUGAAUGGCAUGAAAUGCCAUCAGUCUACAAAGAUUUGUCAGUAUUGCUCUGCUGCAAUUGGGAUAUCACAAUAACUAACCUCGAAAAAGCUGAAGCAACGCAAACACUACCAGAUUCGUAAUAGGGAAAAACAUUAAACACAUGGGGGCAUUUUCUUCUUUUUUUUUCUUUUUACUGAACUAGUAUGCAGUAAUGAAAACAGGAUAUUCAUUAGAAACAAUCAGAUGCUUAACCUAAAAGUAACUCAGGGUUAUACAAAGAGUGGCCAACACAAAAUACAUUCCUGAUAUGUGAGUCCCAUCUCACACUUAAUACACUACAAUUACUAUGGUAUAAAUAAAGCACUAAUUAUACAAAAGAGAGAUAUCAACUUAGAAAGUCACUUAGUUUUAGUUUUAUUGUGAUUUGACCAGCUGUAGCUUAAAAUGACGCUUGUUUUUCUCCUCUAAUGGCUUAUUAUGCAGUCUCUGUUGCUAUCUUGUGGAUGGUGCUGUAUCUCCAAAAUGAAAAAUAUUUUCUUUAUAAAUAAACUGCAUAAUUGCAUCUAAAAAGCCUUAAAAGUACAUUAGGUUGUCCAACAGCUGCAUUAUUUGUCAAACUGCAGUGAGUGUGGGUGGAGUAAUACAGAAGGGUGUGGAGGCUGUACGGGUUCUGAUAUUGCAGAAUAAAACACUGCUAUCAGCCAACCAGAUUUGAAAACCAGACAUAAUAGUUGUAUAAAAAAUAAUAUAGACUAUAAUAUAGACUGUGCCUGAAAACAUAGCACCUUUUUUAUUGUCAGUAGUUUUGUUGUGUUUUAUUUAAAGAUUUCUUUGCAAUUCCAGAGAAACUUUUAAUUUUCAAGUAGUCUCCUAUAUUCUUCUUCUUAUUAUUAUUAUUAUCAUCAUCAUCAUCAUCAUCAUCAUUAUUAUUAUUAAUUUAUUUUAAAUAAAUAUAAUAUGUAUUCUAUAUUUAGAUAUUUUUUAUAAAGAAAUUACUGGGUGCACCUUUAAGCAAACAGAAAUUAAUGCCUUUGACUUACCGACUAUGAAAGACAAUGUAAAUAAGAAUUAAAUAGUUUUAUUGAAGCCCAUGACAAAAAUGAUCAUGCAUGUUACAUUGGUAUUCUGAAUUAAACUGCAGCCAAUGUAUGUCUGUUGUAGAUUGUGUGUACAUCACUACACAAAUUUAUCUGACAGUAUAUAACGUUGUGUCUAUGUUUUCUUUUCUAUCUGUCUAAUACUGCUAUGUUCACUGAAAUAGAUGUUUGAUUUGUCAUGUGACAGUUCAUUUUUUUGUGGUUGGAUAAAAAUAAAGCACAAAUCAUUUGUGAAGAAAAUAUUUAAUGAUGCAAGCUGUUUUAAACCUGGCCAUAGACAUCGAUCGCUGGAUUGGCACGUUAUACAUUGUACAUUGUACAGUCUGUACAUGCAGUACACAAGUUUCAAUACAGAAUUUUAUAUUAUACAGGAUAAUGACCUUUGACUAUUCUGCAGGUACAAUAAAUAAUUAUUUCAAUUGUAAUUAAGCUUCAUUUUUUUCUGUUGAUAAAGAUAUUCUGUUACCAGUGUCAUUUUAUAGAUUAUACCCAGCAUAAUGUUUUUUUUUCCCAGUGAUCAUUUUAGUAAUAGUCAGCAGAAAUAAAAGGAUAUCAGCUAAAGUGUGUAUUGAUUUAUGUCAAAUGGUUUAAUCCUACAGUAUAUUACAGCCUAUUUUGCAGAUACAACUAUAGGUAAGCUCUGUUUUUGCUACCAAAGCAUCACAUUAAACUGGCUCAACCAAUAGAGUGUAACUUUAUGACCAAUUACAGAUGGUUGUUACUACUCUACACUUUUCAGCUCCUGAAUUGCUAUGAGAUCAUCACACAAUGCCGAUCCUGAUGACUCAGUCUUUUUAAUGAGGGCUUAAAUUCAGUUGUUUUAUGUAACAAAUAUCAGACUAGCAAGCUGAAAUAGAUGCAAUUUGCCUUUGUUUGUGGGCGAAUGCUCUGAGUGCAAAAGCUCUUCAAUUAUUUAUUUACUUCAAGGAUUGGCAACACUUUUGUCAUAAAGUGCCACUUUAUAAAAAAAAA